GGCGAGCAGCCAGGGCACAUCCCCGCUUCCAGCCCUGGCUCCUGCGUUCGGAGCGGGGAGACGCCUCCUCGGACACGUUAAAAGUUUGGGGCGGCUCCGGGCUCGGAGGAGGCAGAGCACGGGCGGUGCGGCUGCUGCGUCCAGGCUAUCGCAACAGCUCCGCGGGCGCUGAGCCCCCGGCCCACCGGGCACCGCCCCACGCCGCCGCCGCCGAGGGAAGAUGGCGAACCGCAGCCUCCGCCUGCUGCUCUUCGCUUACGUGGGGGUCCUGAGCUAUCCUGAUGUGUCUGGAAUCUCCAUUGAAACAGAUAACAAAAACGUAAAAGCAGAGGAGUUUAAGGAGGCUAUUCUUAGUUGCAAACACAAAUUUUCAAAAGGGAUGAGUUUAAGAAUAGAGUGGAAGAAAAUCCAGUCUCAAGGAGUCUCAUUUGUCUACUACAAUAGUGAAUUUACAGGUGAUCUUCGAGGCCGAGCAGAGAUGCUGAAUACAGGAAUCCGAAUUAGGAAUGUGACUAGAAGGGAUUCUGGGACCUACCGCUGUGAAAUCAGUGCCAAGAGUGAAGAAGGACAACGCCUGGGAGAGGCUACUAUUACUCUCACAGUAUUGGUUGCUCCGACUACUCCAAUGUGUGACGUACCCAGCUCCGCAAUGACGGGAACAGUCGUGCAGCUGAGCUGUAAGGAAACGGAGGGCUCCCCUCCGUCUGAGUACCAGUGGUACAAGAAUGGUGUUGCCUUGCUGGAGAAGACAGGAACAGGCAGUGCUAGAGCAGCAAACAUAACUUACACCAUGAAUAAAAAGUCUGGCACUCUGCUGUUUAAUACAGUUACAAAGAAUGACACUGGAGAGUAUUUCUGUGAAGCCUCCAAUGGGAUUGGAUUAUCUCAGAAAUGCUCAGUGAAGCGAAUGCAAGUUGAUGACCUUAACGUAAGUGGUAUCAUUGCGGCUGUAGUAUUUGUGGCUCUGGUGAUGGUACUGUGUGGCCUUGGAGUAUUCUAUGCCCAAAAAAAGGGCUACUUUGCAAAGGAAAGCUCUUCCCAAAAGAAGACGAACUAUCAAUCUACAAGUGAAAAGGAUUUCAAGCAUACCAAGUCCUUUGUUAUUUAGAAGAUUUCAGCCUCUGUGAGGGAUAUCAAAUGACUACUUGUUAUACAAAAGUAUCAAAGUGUCCUGGUUUCAGCUGGGAUAAUUUUCUUCAUAGUAGCUGUGUUUUGGAUUUAACAUGAGAAUAAAGUUGAUAACACACUGAUGUUUUAGUUGCUGCUGAGUAGUGCUUAUUCCAAGUCAAGGAAUCCUCAGAUUCCCAUGGUCUUCCAGUGAGGAGGUGCAAAAGAAGCAGGGACAGAGCACAGCUGGGACAGCUGAUCUGAGCUGUUCAAACAGAUAUUCAUAGAAUCAUAGAAUAAGCUGAGUUGGAAGGGACCCAUCAGGAUCAUGAAGUCCAACUCCUGGCCCUGCAUAGGACACCCCAAGAAUCCCACCAUGUGCCCGAGAACGUUGUCUAAACCCUUCUUGAACCCAAACAGGCUUGGUGCUUGGUGACCACCUCCACACCAGAACAUCAUGCCCAGUAUUUAAACUGGGGAAAUUGGCCAGGGGAAGCCGACUGCUGCUGGGGGACAGGCUGAGCAGUGGUCAGUGGGUGGUGAGAAACUGUUGUGCUGUUGACUUUCUUGGGCUUUACUCCUCUCUCUCCUUUUCAUUACAAUUAAUAUUAAUUGUUGUUGUUAUUAUUAUCAUUAGUAUUAUUAGUAUUCUAUUUUACUUUGUUUCAAUUAUUAAACUAUUGUUCUCUCAACCCACCAGUUUUACUUUAUUUUCCCAGUUCUCCCACUGGGGCUGAGACAGGGGCAGUGAGCAAGCAGCCACGUGGGCCUGAGCUGCUGGCUGAGGUUAAACCCCAACAGUCCUCUUUGGCACCCAACAUGGGACUCAAAAGGUUGCGAUAAAACCAGAUCUGACUAGAGCAUAUUAAAAAAAAUUUGUUAUAAGCCUUCGUUGUAUUGGUUUAAUGGUUGCUGGUCACCAUAUUGAUUCAUUUGCUCUAGGCCUGUGUUGUUCUCUGUUGUACUGGCUUGUGAUAUGAUAGAAUGGCUGGUCAUAAGCCUGCAUGGGGUGUCCCUGCCGUCCUUUGGGAGCCACCUGGUGGAAACAAUCCACAGUUACAUCUACUGCCUUUUACCCUCAGAGAGCCAACCCACGGGAAAAACACCUUCCUUCUCCUCCAGGAUGAUUACAGUAGCAUUUGAGAAUUUUAAGGACUUUGCAUAUCUUGUCACUACCCUUGAAACCAACCUGGUCCUUUCGGUAGCAACCAGUAUGUUGUUGCGUAUGGUUCAGGCCUUCUUUAGAUUGAAGAAAUGAUCUGUGGCUGCCAAAACCCCAUCAACAUGUACUGUGCCUACACAAACUUCAGGGACAGGCCAACAAGAGGCAACCACUCAAUCCUUACUCCUGAGUGAGCUGAGGGAUAUACAUAAAUAUUUCAGCUGCUGUCCUGAUGAGCACAUUACCACCUAGUUGCUCUGAUGCUGGGAUUAACAGGGCUAGUGGAUUGGAAUUAGAAGGUAGGAAUCACUUUCUAGGAAAGCAGGCAUUGACAAGGUGAUUGCAUAAGGGAUGCAAGUCCUCAGCCUCUGGAAGUGACUCCUGUCAAGCAUGAAGGAAAGGUAUCCUUACAAGAAAGAUGUUACAUGUCACCAUGCAAGUGGAAAGAUAUCCAAAGCCUGAGAGAAUUAGCUGUGCUAGAGAUUAUUUAUUUUGACCUGGACAAUACACGGUUUCCCACAGAUCCAGACCAAUUCCUCUGCACACGACCCAUGUGGUGGAAGUUUGUAAAGUGUACCAAGAGCACACACCAACCCACUGGCAACAUUAAUCUGGAAAGACACCACACCACCAUCUGUGGAUGCAGUGGAUUGCCAUCUCCAGGUAUAUGAAGACAACCUCUUUUCCUCUCUCAUCUCAUCUGUGGAGAAACUAUCAGAUAAACUGUCCCAGGCGUUUCAGUGGUUCAAAGAGGGUAUGUCCAUCUGUAUGGACCCACCUCUAUGGACUCAUGCUAAUGACAGUAAGCAUUGGCUCAAGAAAGAGGAUAUGGAAGGUACACACUAUGGGAUACCCUGGGGGUUUAGCUGGGAGACCACAGAGGGGCCAUGAAGAAUUGGGAUGGCAGACGUACCUUGACCCUAGAGACAUGGGUACAUGGAUUGUGAGGAAAACAGUCCCAAGUGGGGGUUCUUCCAGGAGAGCUGCUACUCCCAUCUCCAGUGGAUGGUUUCCCAGGCAGAGUGGAAGGGCUGAAUUUACUCCUGAUCCUAUAGAAAUAAAUUCUAAUCCAUUUCUUCAAAAAGUAAGCUCUCUUAGAUGCAGUGGGUUUUUAGAGAAUGCAUAUUCCAAACUACAGUCUGAUUGUAAGCCCUCUUUAUCAAGUCACUCAGAAGAAUGAUUUCACAUGGGGCCCUGAGCAACACCAAGCCUUUGAACAAAUUAAGCUAGAAAUACUUGGAAAACACUCACAGAUGCUUGGGCAAAAGAACGUGGCAUUAAGUGGGUAUAUUGUAUCAUGCACCAGCUGAGAAAACCAAAUGAUCCAAUGGACUGUUAGACUACACUGAGAGCAAUGGGCAGGGGGACCUUCAAACAUUGGGAUGCACAUUGGCAAAGGCCACCUGGUGAGUCAGCACUGGAAGAUCUGCCAAGUGGGCUGGCCCUGCCCAAUCAAAACUUUUACUGUAGAAGGGAAUAAAGUUCCUCUAGUGCACAUGAAAAAUGUGCUGCAGAAAACAGUUGGGAUUAUUCCUGCCUUGGGCAAAGGCAAACUCAUCUGUAGUACUGUUUUUGCUCAAGGACCUGGGCACACUUGGUAAGGCGGGAGGAUGGGCAAGUCUGCUUUGUGCGUUGAGUGGAUUUGAUUGAAUAGCCAGUGAAUUGUGUGAUGUUAAUUGCUGUAUAAUGCUGUAUAUUAGCACUUCUAUGUCAGCUGCAUGACCACCACCGUACUGGGCACCUCAUGCCUGUCUCCACCCCUCCAGCUUUGGGGAUCUGAACCCAACUUCCCUUAAACUGCCACGCUGAGAAUGAACUUUGAUGUAACCAGGCAAACAGAACAGUGAUGGAAUUAGAACUGGCUUCAACAUGCAACAGUCCAACACCAAACACCCUCUUUCCUGCCCUGAAAGACUGUUUAUGACAUUCUUAAGUCAUGGACUAAAUGAACUCAGUAGACUUCUAUAGGGAUUGUCUAUAGAUUAAGGAACUCUGUGUGCGUCCAUAAAAAGACGGGAAAAGUGGUGGUGUAUUGGAAAGCGUGGGACCUGGCAUGACAUAAAUGGUAUGGAAUAAGCAGCUGAUCGAUACUUUUCUGGUUUCAGCUGGGAGUUAAUUUUCUUCCUAGUAGCUGGUACAGAGCUGUUUUUCUGAAUUAGUAUGAAAAUAAUGUAACACACUGAUGUUUCAGUUGUUGUUCAGCAGUCCUUACUCUGAGUCAAAGAUUUUUCAGUGUGCAAUGCUCUACCAGUGAGGUGCUCAAGCCAUGAGGGAACAGGGCCAGGACCCUGACCUGAACUGGCCAGAGAGAUAUAGAACAUCAUGCCCAGUAUAUAAACUGGGGGGAAGUUGGCUGGGGGACCGGCUGGGCAUCAGUCAGCAAGUGGUGAUGAGCACUUGUGCCAUGCAUCACUUAUGCUUCUCAGGUUUUCUCUCUCUCUUUUUCCCUUAUUACUACUUUGGUUCAAUUAUUUAACUGCUUUAUCUCAACCAGUGAGUUUUGUUUCCAAUUCCCUUCCCUACAGUAGGGGGAGGAGACAGGGAGUGAGCCAGUGGCUGGCUUAGUUGCCAGCUGGGAUUAAACCACAACACCAAGGGAUCUUUUGACCUCUGCUCUGUAAAUAUUGUUUCCAUGUAUUACAUGCUGAAAGUGCCAAUAUUUAGUCAACCUAGCUGUGAUGGAAUUUCAAAAAAAACAUAAACCCCAAAAAAAUUAACUUGCAUAUUCAAUUUAGUUCUGUGUGAAGGCUUCUCAUUUUGUUCAUAUGUACAUGCAGCAAUACAAAAUUCACUCUUGCAGCUUGGAACAAUCUAUUCAAAUAACUUUCAUAGAUGACCUCACUACUUGUGUCUCAACCAUUGUCAAGAGCUCAAUUUCUCCUGCAAUUCUGAUUUACUAGGACUUUGAAAUUGUGUUAGAUUUGCCAAAAUCGCCUCUAAGUGUGUAGCUGUGCAGAAGUAAACUCACUAUGCUGACAAAAUAAAUCUUCCUGUAACUAAAACUCAAGCAGUGUUUUAGUGUCUAAUGUGGAAGUCCCUCUCUCUGUAGGCUGCAUAUGUAAUUUCAUUCUGAAGAAAAAUCAUGCCAGUACAAUUCAAACGGUAGUAUGUAGGCUCUUAACUGUUGAUGUGUUUAUGUAAUUUUUCAGGUAAUAAUUAUUACAAAUAAAUAGGUCCUCAGAA